AUGUCUACUUUUGGUACGUUGUUCCGUGUCACUACAUAUGGUGAAUCUCAUUGUAAAUCUGUCGGUUGUAUAGUUGAUGGGGUACCACCUGGAUUAACUUUGGAUGAAUCUGAUAUUCAACCACAAUUGACUAGAAGAAGACCUGGUCAAUCAAAACUAUCCACACCAAGAAAUGAAAAAGAUAAAGUCGAGAUUCAAUCUGGUACAGAGUUUAAAAAGACUUUGGGUACACCUAUUUCCAUGAUUGUAAAGAAUGAAGAUCAAAGACCACAUGAUUAUUCAGAAAUGGAUGAUUAUCCAAGACCUUCUCAUGCUGAUUUCACCUAUAUGGAAAAAUAUCAUUUAAAGGCUUCCUCGGGUGGUGGUAGAGCUUCUGCUAGAGAAACAAUUGGUCGUGUCGCAGCUGGUGCCAUUGCUGAAAAAUUCUUACAACAAAUUUCCAAUGUGGAAAUUGUUGCCUUUGUAAGUCAAAUUGGUGAAGUUAAAAUGGAUAGAAAUCCAUUUGAUAAGAAUUUCCAUCACCUAUUAAAUACUAUAACAAGAGAUAAAGUUGAUGCUACAGGUCCAAUUAGAUGUCCAGAUAUUGAAAAAGCUCCAUUAAUGGUUAAAGAAAUUGAAAAAUAUAGAGGUCAAAUGGAUUCUAUUGGGGGUGUAGUUACAUGUGUAGUGAGAAAUGUACCAACUGGGUUAGGUGAACCAUGUUUUGAUAAGUUAGAAGCUAUGUUGGCACAUGCCAUGUUAUCUAUCCCAGCUUCCAAGGGGUUUGAAAUCGGAUCUGGGUUUGCAGGUGUGGAAAUCCCUGGUUCUAAACAUAAUGAUCCAUUUUUUUUCGAUAAGGAUUCUAAUAGAUUAAGAACUGUCACAAACAAUUCUGGUGGGAUCCAAGGUGGUAUCUCUAAUGGUGAAAACAUUUAUUUCUCAGUUCCAUUCAAAUCAGCAGCCACUAUUUCACAAGAACAACAUACUGCUACAUUUGAUGGUAAGGAUGGGGUCUUGGCUGCUAAAGGUAGACAUGACCCAUCUGUAACUCCAAGAGCUAUUCCAAUUGUGGAAGCUAUGACAGCUUUAGUCUUGGCAGAUGCCGUUUUAAUUCAAAAAUCAAGAGAAUUUGGUAUGAAUGUGGUUCAUUAG